AUGGAAGAUCCGGCUGUUCUUCAGUCGGCGGUGCGAGUGCCCACUCCUCCCCCAGGUGCCGCGUCGCCGGGCGCGGCUUCGCGAAAGCGAUCACCCCCCUCGAGAUCCCCAUCGCCGAACCGACGUCGAUCACCUCCAGGAGACCGAUCCAGAGAUGAUGUGGAGGAUUCCCGACCGGUCGAGUCUCGUGCGAUCGAGCGUGAGCGCCAACUUACUGAGCGUGUUCGUGAACAUGAACGGCAGGAGGCUGCUCGUAAGCCAUUGACCGAGGAAGAGAAGCAGGCCUUCGCGAAGGCUGAAUAUGAAAAACUUCUCAACAUGCGAUCGGGAGGUACCUAUAUUCCACCAGCGCGACUACGUGCCUUGCAGGCUCAGAUUACGGAUAAAACCAGCAAGGAAUACCAGCGCAUGGCUUGGGAGGCGUUGAAGAAGUCGAUCAACGGUCUCAUUAACAAGGUCAAUGUGUCCAACAUCAAAUUUAUUGUUCCAGAGCUUUUCGGAGAGAACUUGGUUCGCGGUCGAGGUUUAUUUUGUCGCUCCAUUAUGAAGGCGCAGGCCGCGAGUUUGCCAUUUACCCCGAUCUACGCUGCGAUGACCGCAAUUGUCAAUACGAAACUUCCUCAAGUUGGUGAUUUGUUGCUGUCUAGAUUGAUAAUUCAGUUCCGCAAAGCAUUCAAGCGAAAUGACAAGGCCGUUUGCAUUUCAUCCUCAACCUUCAUUGCGCAUCUGUGCAACACCCAGGUCGCUCACGAAAUGCUUGCGGCUCAGAUUCUGUUGCUUUUGCUGCACAAGCCCACAGAUGACAGUGUCGAAAUUGCAGUUGGCCUUACCCGAGAAGUUGGUCAACACUUAGAGGAAAUGAACCCUCCGAUCGCCCUGGCAGUCUUUGACCAAUUCCGCAAUAUUCUCCACGAAGCUGAUAUUGAUAAGCGAGUGCAGUACAUGAUUGAGGUUCUCUUUCAGGUUCGCAAGGAUCGUUACAAGGAUAACCCCGCUGUCAAGGAGGAGCUGGAUCUCGUGGAGGAGGAAGACCAGAUUACACACCGCGUUGGCUUGGACGAUGAGAUGGAAAGCCAGGAUACCCUUAAUAUCUUCAAGUUCGACCCAGAGUGGGAGCAGCACCAAGAGGCUUAUAAGAAAUUAAAGGCCGAGAUUCUCGGGGAGGACAGUGACGAGGACGAGGAUGGUGAUGGAGAGGAUGAGAGCUCUGAAGAGGAAUCCGACGAGGAGGAACAAAAGAUUGACAUCAAGGACCAGAGUAAUACAGACUUGGUAAACUUGCGCCGAACUAUUUACCUGACUAUCAUGUCAAGUAUUGAUUUCGAAGAAUGUUGUCACAAGCUGAUGAAGGUCAAUCUUCCCGCCGGCUUGGAGCCAGAGUUGCCCUCUAUGAUAAUUGAGUGCUGUUCUCAAGAACGUACAUUCUCGAAAUUUUAUGGAUUAAUUGGUGAACGGUUUGCCAAAAUCAAUCGCUUGUGGUCUGAUCUCUUCGAGGCUGCAUUUGCCAAAUACUACGAUACCAUCCACCGUUACGAGACCAACCGUCUUCGCAACAUUGCCCGCUUCUUUGGACAUCUCAUCAGCAACGACGCCAUUGGCUGGCACGUUCUUUCAGUAGUCCAUAUGAAUGAAGAAGAGACUACAUCCAGCAGUCGUAUCUUUGUCAAGAUCCUGUUCCAAGACCUCGCUGAGCACAUGGGUCUGCCUAAUCUGCAAGCCCGCUUCAGAGAUGAGAUCUUGCGACCAAGCUUCGAGGGCUUGUUCCCUACAGAGAACCCGCGCUAUACUCGCUUUUCCAUCAACUAUUUCACCAGUAUUGGUAUGGGUGUUUUGACAGAGGAUAUGCGCGAGCAUCUCAAGAAUAUGCCCAAGCCUGCUGCGCCAGCAUUGCCUCCAGCGAGAUCUCCAUCUCGUUCAUCGUCUGUUAGAUCUCACCCAGCAUCGUGCUCAACAUGCACCCCUCGUUCUUCUCGAUCCCCCUCACGCUCUCGCUCCCGCUCAUAUUCUCGAUCCCGCUCCCCAUCAAGAGACCGUGGUCGCUCCUACUCUCGAUCUAUCACGCCAUCUUCUCGUGGCCGCAGCUUUACACCCUCUCGGUCCCGAUCACGGUCUGCACCCCGCCGUGCUCGCCGUAAUGCUUCAUAUAGCCGAUCUCCUUCGCGUUCGGUGUCACGCACCCCUCCUCGACGCAAGCGCUCUCUCUCUGGCUCGCGCUCGCCAAGCCGUAGUCCAUACCGGGCUCGUCGGUCAGUCUCCCGCUCUGUUACCCCUCCCCGUCGAGGACGCAGCUAUUCGCGAUCCAUAUCUCGCUCUGUGACUCCUCCACGCGACCCGGCAUCGAAGACUGCUGCAUCUAAGACUGCUCGACGAUCAUCUGUCUCUGCAUCUCCCCCUCCCCGUCGAGGACGUGACCAGUCUUAUUCUCGUUCACCAUCUCGCACUCCCCCUCGGGUUGCUGGUGACUCAAAAAGGAGGACUUACUCUGCCUCCCCCCUCGUCGUCGUUAAGUGA